GUUGUCUAGCGUCGAAUACAAUCUGAGGAUAGGUGGUACUGAGAAUUCACGAUCCGCAGCUGUGCUUAGCAGACGUGUUCGCGUUUGUUGACUGUGGCAACUUACGUUGGCCCUGUUUGGCGCAUGUUUUUCGCUCUUUACAAGCCAGCCAUGUCACCCUACAAUGCAAGCACAAGAAAGGCGCCCACGUCUGAUGGGUUGUCAAAUCGGGAGCGCAAAACUCGUGCUCGCCAGCCCACAGAACGGGUCAAAGCCCAACAGAUGGAGCAGGCUGAGAAAGAAGCCAGGAAAAACAAAGUCAAGACGCCCACUGGGAGCUCGGCUGCUUCCAAACAUACCGCAAAAGUGAACAGCGUGUUUUCGGGCAACCACUUUCCCUCUCGAGACAUCGCACUUCCGGCGGGUCGUUCUCAAAAAACAAGUCGACUUCCUAUGCCGACUGCACCAACACGUUCACUCAUCCCUCGGGCUACCAAUAUUCCACCCAGCCGAACUCUCCCCCGAGAUGUUCCUCGCAAUGUACCUAAUGCCAACUCAAAUGCACGACCCACGCCCGCGUCUUCUCGUUAUCAUAUUGAUGAUCUCGAUGACAGUGACGAUGUAGGCGAUCACCCCUCUCAAGCUCGCAGUGGGCAUACGACAACUCACAAGCGCCGUCUCGUUGUCUCCAACGAUGAUGAGGCGGCCGAGCCGGUGGCCAGUGGCCAACAGUCCUCAUCGCCACCGGCUCAAGUCCCUGCUGCCAAGCGUCCCCGCCCUUCAUCAACCCAGGCAUCUGCCUCGCGCGAGGCAUCUUCAACCGGUGAUGUCGAAGAAGAUGCUGAUGGACUCAUUAAACCUGAACGAAGUCGUGCAGAGGUGCCCGGUGUAAAGGUCGGUAUUCGUGACUUUGUACGGCCUGUGCGCGAGCUGUUCACGGAAGCGGUUCACGCGUUCACUGCCCGGUUGGUCACCAGUGGUGUAUGGGUUGAUGAUAUGACAAACAUCGAGCAAGCCACCGCUGGAUGGGAGGAUGCACGCGUGUAUCUGAAGUCCAACAUUAAGUAUACAGAUGAGAUUAUUGAUCUACUAUGUAAACGCUAUUCGAAUGCCACCAACGACGUCAAGAAUUGCACAGCAAAUCUCGUCAUUACGUACUACGGGUUCAUGUCUAGCGACAAAGCCCGCAUCCAGGAGCGGAAUAAGGAGCUAGUCAAGCAGCUACUUGACCGCUUCGGGAUGUGCUACAGGGACCUUGGUGAUCCGGAGAAGGGCAUACCACGCACUGGCCUGUACGAACACCCUCUCAUGCAAGAUGCCAUCAAUCGGCUCUGGUUUAAGAAUUCGCGCGACGUGGGCAUCAUUUACGGAGCUCUGUUUGAGCCUAUGCCUAUCCCCGCCAUGGCAUUAGUGUGGACCGGCGUCGAACACGCGAUCAAAGAGUGGGAAACCGGGGUUAAGAAGACGAUCCAAUUCGACGAGAAAGUAUAUCACCCGAUCCUCAAGAAGCAUAUCACCAAUCUCGAGGAGACCGUAGUUAAAUGGGGCGCCCGGGUUCCUCGUCGCUUUCAUUCUAUGGUAACGGAGCAUUACAAUCUUGCCAGAUUCCACGGAGAUCCUGACGGCGUUACUAGUAACGCGUCUGCACCGGUCGAGCAUCUUUCAGAGUCUGAGUUUGACUCCGAGCUCCAAGAUUAUUUGUCAAGGACGUCGUCGGAGCACGGAGGUGAUGAGUCGGACAAUUCAGAUGAUCUACAGGGGGAGGGAGGUGAAGGGGCCGCAGUUUCAGAUGUUGAGCAGGGAGAGGAAGGCGACGAUGAUGAUGACGAGCAGGGAGAGGAGGCUGGGGAGGGUGAUGAGCAGGAGGAGUAA